GCGGCUCCCGGCGUGCAGCGCGCCGGGCCCGCGCGCCGGUGGAGGGGUGGUCGCGGGUUCGGGGCCGUUCCGCGGGUGUUCGGCGGCGGGAGCCUGGCGGCGCCGCUCCCCGCUCCGGCCUUGCGGCCCCGGCCGGGCUUGGCAGGUGGGGGUGUGAGGCUGUCAGGGAGCACGGCGACGUGCCAGCCGCGAGGAGCGACCGCUGUCUUCAUCCUGCUGCCGUUGCUGGAGGUCCCGUUCUGAGGCGCUGGGCCGUGUCUGUGUGGUGCUGACAGUUGGCGUGAGGUGAAAGGCACCUGACGCACGGAAACUGGAGAUGUUUGGCCAAGUACUGACCAGCAUCUAAAACACAUUAUUCAAAAUAGAUAAGUCUACCCAAAUGUGCUCCCAUCUCGUGUGUUUGUGGACACAGCCACGUGCAGAGCUUGGGAGGCUUCAGGAGUUCGGCUCUAAAGAGAGAAAUCCAGUUGUCAUCGAUUGAGCUCUUGAGCCUGUCCCAGCUGUGACCGGUGCUGGAGGACACGGUCUCCAAGGAAGGCAGUGGUGGUCAGGGACAGCAGCACCUUGCUUUGUUCAUUGCUGUUCAUCCUCUCUUUUGAUAGCUUUGACAUUUGAAGGAAAGAGGGAAGAAACAAGACCAUUACAGAGUUCUUCAAACCAGUUUUAAACCAAGACAGAACUGUGUUGUGCUCACCAGACAGAGGAAAUGUAAAAGAUGCAGGAAUUGGACUGUCGGCUUUAUGCACUGAACCUUUUGAAAAGAACAUAUCUUCUCCAAAGAAGGACAGAAGAAAAAAGAUGCCAGACCAAACACCAAACACAAGUCCUGUGAUAGAUGCUUUUCAGAGAGGACUUAAGGGGAAAAAGGACAGUGUAAACAUUUUAGAGAAUGGCAGAGCAUACAAGGCACCACGUUCAUUGUACCCUGCCCCUGAAGUUGUGAUCGAAAAAAUCCUUAUUGAUGCAGGGUCUCACAGCUGUAUCUUGACCAAAAAGGAUAAAACUGCCAAGUUGGAGCAGGGAAGAAAUGAGAAGUGUCUGGGUGUAACAAGAGCACCGUUGUCUUGUGGAAAUAGUUGGGAACAGAAAACUGACUACAUGGAUCUAGAAGACAGUAGUUCAGACUCUGACAAUUGGGUUUUGUCAUCAGAAGAAGGUGAUUCUCGAAAAGCUUUGGCUAGAACUAAUUUCGCUGUGAACAUGUCUCUGUGCCACAAACCAGGGCUUCCCAUGAAACGGCCCUGCGCUCCAGCUGUCUCUGAACUGAGGUUGCCAUUGGAAGCUCUCCGCAGAGAAAGGAAGCGGAAGAAACAUGGAAUUCAACAAUCGCAGCCACAUUCUGUAAGGGCGUUCUCAGGAACAAGUGUAUCACAUCAGGGAAAUGGAUAUCCUUUAAGAAAAACGUCACAUUCCGGCUCAAGGGAGACUGCCUCAGAUGACCCAUCUCAACCAAAGCCAAAGCAGGUUUCAACACACGAGGCAUCUUCUCCAAAUGCACUGAGAAUGUCAUCCGGGAUGACUGCUGGUAUGCAGAGGAGCCAGUCUGUUUCUUCUUGCUGCCUUUCAUCUGAGGUGUCUUCUGGGCGACCGAAACAAGUAGACUUUCCUGGGAAAAGAGAACACACUGCCGUGAGUUUGGAUGCAGACAGUUCAAAUCAAUCUGAAGUAUCAAGUUUGAGUGACCCUGCUUUUAGUAGGUUAUCUGCAAAUUGCAAAAACAGGAGGUCUGAAUUUAUAAAAAAUGUCUUUUUAAAGUCUACUUGUGAUGGUGUUCUGCAGCUAAUGGAAGGUGCUGCCCUACCUGGACACGAUUCCACUCUUCCAGAGGAAUACCUCAACUCAAGCAACGAAAAUGAGAAAAAUAAUUGUUCCUCUCUAGUUUUGUUUUCUUCAUAUUCUGCACACAGUCCUGAUAAAAAUAACCGCAUUUCUGUUGUGGAUACCAAAGAGAAUCAAUUGCAGGUGGCUAACUCAUGCUUUUUCUUGGAAAAGUCCAUUACUUUUUCUCAGGAAAAAACUACUGUGUUGCCUUCUCUCCAUCACUUAACACAAACAAAAGGUGUGGAAUCUCAUCUCCAGAAUGGUGGCUUGUCUCAGGUGUUGGAUGCUAAGAAGGAGCAAGAUGGGAAAACACCAGAAAGAUGUGCACACGAUAAAGCUUACAAUGUUCAAUCCAGCAACAGGUUUUCAAAAACAAAAGACAGGACUUCAGAGAAUGCUUCUGAUUCUUGUUCAGUGGAAGGUUCUGGGAAACUUGCUCUCUCAGAAGAGGCUGGUAAAAGUGUUCAGUGUUCAUUGUCUUUUAAAGAAGGACUUUUGGACAGGGGCCAUAUAUCUUCACAACUCUCAGGAGAGUUAAAAGUUGAAAACACCUGCACAGACAAGUCCAAAUUGAAUGGAGCAUCAAAAACUAGUUUUGACAGUGAAGAUGAGAGUUUGGAAUGUGCUCUAGAUGAUGACGACGAUGAUGACCAAGAAGUAUUUAUGCCACUGCAAGAUAUUCUCUCCUCAAGUCCCAAGCCACAGGCAGGAGCCCUGGAAGAGUCUUUUCUUGACAGUUUUUCUCAGGACACUGUGACUCCAUUACUGAAGCUUCAUCUUUCUAAGACUCCUGUUGUUAACCAGGUGUCAUAUGUGAACAGCUUAGAAAAUCUUUUGAAGGAGAAAGAAGAAUCAAAAAGGGUAGAUGAGCUAGAAAAGCUGUUGCAGGAAGACAUAGAAGGAAGGGAAACUGAUUCUGCAGCUGGAGAUGAUGAGGAGAAUGCCAGUGGAGAUGAAGACCUCUCAGAAGAACACAGGGCAUUUAUAAAGAGAUUUUCAGUAGUAACUCGUGCCAUACCUGACUACCACCCUGGAGAAGAUAUAUUUGAUUUAUCAACCUCUGGGAAAGUCUUCAAUCAACAUAACCUUGACUUGAGGAAUUUUCAUUUCAUCCCUCAAAAUCCUAUAGAAAAGCUCCUUCUUGGUUCUGGUGCAGCACAGCAGCUUUCUUUAGCUAUUAAUGGCUUUCUAAGUUCUGCUUACAGCUGUAUCUUGUGUCCCAUACCAAUUCUAAAGUGGCUUUUCCAGAUGAUGUCUGUUCAUCCUGAUUAUUGUGUUUCCACCCAGAUUUUAGACAGAUUGAUGGAGAUAACACUAAAAAAUGCUUCCAUCAGCGAUGAACAGUCUAAGCCAUGGAUUCCUUCACUAGCUGAUGUGUCAGCUGUUUUUGUCAAUAUGGGUGUUCCGUUUAGAUCUCUCUUUCCAUUGCAGCAUCUUCAGCCCAGCUUUAACGAGUGUGAUAUUUUAAGUCAGAUGCAAGAAACAGUGAGUGAACAACAGCCGAACGGAGACCAAACCUCUGCCAGUCCAGCCUUCUCCAGUCUACCAGAAAACAAUUUAAUUAAUGUGAUUAAGUUUCUAGGUUUCUGUACAACAGUAAUUCAAGGUGGAUAUACUGAUCAAGAAAUAUUACUGCUGCUUCUAUUGCUAUUUAAAAUAAGCUUGGAGAAACAGUUAAAGCAAAUUCCUUUGAUAGAUUUUCAGUGCCUUUUCAUAAAGCUUCUGAUAAGUAUAAAAGACUGGGCUACAAAGAUGCCUGAGCUCUGCCUGGCGAUGAGCGAACUCUCCAGUCAUCACCAUAAUCUCCUGUGGCUGGUUCAGCUGGUCCCGAGCUGGAUAAUACGUGGACGGGAAGUAAGAAGACGUCUCAGCCUAGUGACAAUUUCAAAGCUGCUUAAUAAACAGCAUAUAGGAAUACCUGAUGAGAGUGACCAGCAGAUGUCUCUUCUCCAUCAGUAUCUGGUGUACAUGAAACCUUCUAAUCUGCUGAAGAAGAUGAGAGAGGGGCUGGAGCAGCAGAGUGCCACUGGAGAUCACCUUCGCACAGAACUGGAACAGGAGGCAUACUACCUACUCUACAUCCUUCUUCAUCUAGUCAGCGAAGCUAGUUUCUUUGAUGUUGUAAAUUCUAAUCAAAGGCAACACUUACUGAAGCUUUGUGGUGCCUUAGAUAAGCACAUAAAAUGUGAUAUUAGGGAAGAUGCAAGGCUGUUCUAUCGAACUAAGGUAAAAGAUUUGGUUGCUAGGAUAUAUGGCAAAUGGCAAGAUAUGAUACAAACCACUCGGCUUACUCAGGGAAAACUGCAUGACUUCUGGGAGCCGGAUUAAUUAAAUCUUGCCAAGUUCAGGGAAAAUAACAUAAAACCUCUGAAAUCAAGGAAGAUGUAGAAUGAAUGGGGUUUCACUUUGGUCGGAACAGAAGAAAUCAUUCACCUGAGUUAGAACUUGAGCAUGAUUCAGGCAAAUAUGCAAAACACAAGGAUCAAAUUUGAUUAACAUUGCUUUUACUACAAAUACAGUAGUCCUGAAAAAUUGAAGUGGAUUAACUGAAAAAAAACCACAAACCCAGCUAUUUCUUAUAGCCCUGUUUGAAUUGGCGAGACAUACUUUAUCAUACUGAAAGCUGAGGGAAGUUUUCUCGUUUCCAGUGUUAAUCACAAGAGGUAUUUGAAAACCAUAUGUAUUGGUUUUCUUGCCAGCACCCACCUGCAAGCAUUGUGUUAGAUGGCUGGAAAGAGCUGCCCUGUGACGUGGGAUUUGAGCUCGGAAACAGUGUCAGACCUCCCCUGUUGUGAGCAGGUGAGCAAGUCGUUCAGAACUGGGCUGAAUAAAAGAGCUGCCUGCCUGUGUUAAUCUGCAAAGCAGAGCUGGUGUGGCCCUCCAGUGUCUCUAAAAAUAAAAUAAAAAAAAAAACAACAAACAAAAAACCAACAACAACAACAAAACCCCACCACCAAAAUACAGAAGUUGCGUGUGAACAAGUGGCUGCUCUUCUUUUGACUUGAGGGCAGAAACAGAGCUUAAGAGUGGCUGUGCCCAAACAGGUUAAGUGGAUGCUGCUUUGCUCUGUGGUUGUGUUUUAUCAAAUGACAAAACAGAAAUUGUUAUUACAGCGAUGCAUUCGUUUUAACUUCCUCAUCUUCAGACACUUACUUAUGCAGUGAAUGUGACUGCACAGGAAGUGAUUCUGUAAGACCAAGUUAUAAAUGAGAUCUUAUUACGCCAGUAGUAUUGUUGUACUGCUCUUUAAGAAACAAGCAAAUCUAUAUCUGGCUUUAGCACUUUCUCUAAAGAGAGAAAAUGUGGUUCUUAAAAUAUACACGUAGCGGAGAUUUGAAGAGAUGAGCAUUUGGCUACAUGUGUAAAAACUGUGAAAGCCAUAUGAGAUCUGAAUUCCUUUGUGUGAAGUCUCACCACACGUGCGGUAUGUGCACAAAGAUCCCAGAGCUAUUUGUGAAAUAACCAAAGGAAGAUGCGAUCUCCUUUUGUGCUCUCGGUGCAAAUGCCAUCAUUUAAAUCUCACGCUGUGGUUUGUCUGUAGGAUGUGUGUAUAUAUGAAGAAGAAAGUUAGGGUAUUUGGUAGAAGAACCAACUGGAGCUCCCUUAACAAUUGAGAUUUUUAAUAAUGUCAACAUGUGUGUUUUAGAAUACUGUUUCUUUUUAAUUUUUGUAGAUGACCUGUCUUGUCUUGUAUGAUAAAUUCCCUGUAACUUUCCAAAAUGAGAACUGCUAUAAGGUGGACAUGUCUUAUAGGAAAGGUAUUUUACUUGCAAAUUCAUCUUGAUUAUUUUGUCUUUCAUUUCAAGUGCUAGAGAGUGAGCUGAAGGCUGGGGCAUCUCUGUGUCCUUCACAGGAUAAUCAGCUUACCGUUGUUCAAACAAAAGUUGUGCUUGUGGCAUCGUUCAGGGGUGGAAAAAAAAACCCUUUUUUAAAUCUCAACAUGUUAUUUAAGAAUUGGCAAAAUCUACCUCAAAGGGUAUCUUUCUUUGGCAAUAGAACUGCUUUAGGCUAAAAAAACUAUGUCAUGUUAUGUAGGUAUGGCCACGCCAUCCUUUGCUAUGCCUGUGUUUGAUAGUGCAUCAACCUUUCCUCUGAUAGCAGUUACUUACUAUGUUGAAUAUAUCAUAUGUAAUUUUAUUAAUGUUUAUAUUUUUUCUCACUAAUGUCAUAUAAAGUUUAAAAAUAUGUAGAAAAUGUUUAUUGUAUGUAAUGUGUAUAUAUUUUCUUACCAUGUAAAGUUGAAGUUGCUGUUGUGUAUAUUUUGAAGAAGGAUGGGGGGGUUGAUUAACAGCUUUUGUACUGCAGUUCAAAGCACACUGAAACUGCUGGCUUUUUUUUUUUUUCAGAUAAAAUAACCACUUUGAUAUUUACUUUUAUUUAAUAGAACAAUGAAAAAAUAAAACCAGACAUGCUUUUCUAAUUAAGUGUCCCUACAUGCAGUGGGCGUGCCUCAGCUCUGUUUCACAAAAAAACGGCUGCAGGUCCUAUUUUAGUCUUGCAGCACAUGCUGUAGUUCUUGGGUUCACAGCUGAUUAGCUUACUAUAAAUGGAGAAGAUCUCGAAGUAAAUCUUAGCUCAGCCAUUCCUGCGUUUUCAUGCUUAAUGCCUGUGUAUACAUCCUGGCAUUUUCCAUCUCUCUCCCCCUCCCUCUUUGUCUGGACUUUUCCAUCUGUUUUGUAGCUGAGUAGUAAUUCCCCAGUUGCUUAAGUCUAGACAGGGGUUGACUUGGAGCUCGUCAGUGUCCUUAUGGAGGUGACCCCGAUGUUUCGCCGCAGAGUCUUCACGAGGGACAGCCGAGCUGAGUGCUGCUUCGGGACUCCUGGAUAUGAAAGAGCAAACCUGCUGCCGUUGUGUUUUUCUGACUCGUUUACUGGCCCCCAGAAAUUACAUGCAUUGGAGAAGGCUGUUUGCACAGUACAUGUCUUAACUGCUUUGGUUGUCUUCAGAUAAGCAUUUUGCACUGAGAUUUAUCUGUUGGUUUUAUGUUGGCUGUAUUAAGAGCCAUGUUGACUCAUUUCAUGUGAAAUUAGGUGCACUUUAUUGCAGUAAUCAUGGACAAAAAAUUAAAAGCUGACUAUAAAAUAUA